AUGCCCUCCACCCGGCAGUUCCCCUUCCUGAUCGACCCCAACAACGGGAAGCAGCUCUACGAGAGCGAUGACAUCAUCAACUACCUGUUCACGGAGUAUGGUGACGGCCAGGUGCCCCUCUCCCUGAGGCUGGGCUUCCUCACCACACUGACCUGCGGCCUGGGGCUGGCACCACGCGCCGGCAAGGGCGGCAAGUACGUGCCCUCGACUGUGCCGGAGCAGCCCCUCACCCUGUGGGGCUACGAGCUGUCGCCCUUUGUGGUGGUGGUGAAGGAGGCGCUGUCAGAGCUGGAGCUGCCCUACCUGCAGGUGACUGCCAGCCGGGGCUCCCCCAAGCGGCAGCUGCUGCUGGAGAAGCGCGGCACCUUUCAGGUGCCGUACCUGGAGGACCCCAACCAGGGGGUGUACCUGUUUGAGUCAUCAGCGAUAGUCAAGUACCUGUACGAUACGUACGCCAAGAAGGGGUGA